UUGUGGAGCGCUUUAAAACGAUUCAGUUUUUUUAUUUGGUCGAGUUAAAAAAAAUCUUGCCCGUGUGAUGCAGGAGUACCAGCCUUCUAUAGGAUGCCGAUAUUUUUAACCAACCCUUUCGUUGGUGGAUUUAGUCAAGGAGGAGCCAGUGACAUGACCACCCCCGGGGCGGCGGCUUCAGCUGCAGAGCCCCACCAGCCCUCCAGAUGUCAAUGGCUCAACGACCAGGACUCACAUUUCCACCACGCACGGCGCUUCCAGACAUCCCCGCUUAGUUACUUCAAGUGGACAAAGGGGGAUAACCCACACGAGCACGGUAUCGGCCUGGGACCCCACGACGGCCUCCACCACGGGCUGAACGACCAUCUACAACGUAACACCGGCAGCGUGGGUGGGGGCGGAGGAGGGAACGGCGGCAGCGGAGGAGGAGGGGGUGGGGGCGGAGGGGGCAUCAACUACGCCCGAACCACCAGUACGGGGAGCCUGAGCGGGCCCCCCACCCCCACAAAUGGCCCCGGGGGCCCUAACACGCCUCUGGUCGUCCCGCAGCCCGUCAAGCCCCCAUCACGAACUGGUACGAAGACAUACCAGUGCAAGAUUUGUGAUCAGGUGUUCACUACAAAGUCAGACAUGUUGAUUCACUGCCAACAGAUCCACAAACAAGACCCCAAGCCUUACAAAUGCCCCACUUGCUCUAAGAGCUUUGCCAACUCGUCCUAUCUCUCCCAGCACGCACGCAUCCACUCGGGACUCAAGCCGUAUAAGUGUGAGAUUUGUGAGCGCAAAUUUACCCAGCUCAGCCACCUGCAGCAGCAUAUCCGUACCCACACCGGCGAGAAGCCGUAUAAGUGUAUGCACCCAGACUGUGUUUUGAAAUUCUCUCAACUGAGCCAUUUGAAACAACACUACCGCUCGCAUACAGGGGAAAAACCUUACAAGUGUAUGCAUAUGGACUGCGUACAAAAAUUCGCCCAGCUCAGCCAUCUCCAACAACACACACGUUUACACACGGGCGAGCGGCCAUACAAGUGUACUCACCCUGGCUGCGGCAAGGCCUUCUCCCAGCUGUCUAAUUUGCAAUCUCACUCACGUUCACACAUGACGGACAAGCCGUUCCGCUGUAACUCCUGCUACAAAUGCUACGCCGAUGAGCAAUCUCUGCGUGAGCAUAUCCCAAAGCACUCAGACACCAAACAUCUCAAAACACACAUUUGUCAUAUAUGUGGCAAAUCUUACACGCAAGAAACAUACCUGACCCGUCAUAUGGCCAAGCACUCACAAGAAAACGUACCCAAGAUAAUGACACGGCCAAUCAAACAGGAGCCAAUGGACUUGGUGGACCGUGACUUCAUCGGGGGGCGUCUCCCCGAUAAGUCCACACCCUCUGACCUUAGCAUGAACCCUGGUGGUGCCACCUCAUGCAGCAAAGGGAGUGCACCAUCGUCCGCCUUCAUGCCAUUGUCUCCUUUUGCAGCCAAUACCGUCAGCUCUUCCUCUGGUCCAGCCUACCACUACAGCCCCGGGCUGAGCCACAACAGUUUAAGUUCCCCCCUACCCCAUAUCUCUUCCAUGGCGUCGCCGCGCUACUUUCCCUACGAUCCCAUCAGCUUCGGACGGAAAUCAGACGCGCCUGAUCGGAACCUGAACAUGGGCGGCGUGCCGAGGGAGUCUAUGAUCGCUAACUCCCUGUUGAGCCUGCAGCACAUCAAGAACUACGCCUCCCAGCAGAUGCCCAGCUUCACGCCCACCCCCAGCGCCGGCUCACGAUUGGCUUAGUCUUCGCUUGACAUCGACUGAAGGGUCCAUGCAAGACCCGCCCCACACUCACUCUUUGAGAACCACUGACUAGCAUGGAAUUUAAGCUAUUUAUAAACUAUUGUUUGAGGGCUGUUUUGGAAACUUAAUUCGUAGAUUUGUCAAAACCUUCAGUACGUCACUAGUGACACGGCGGUUACCAUGGCAACCAUGACAGAAGGCUGAUACACGCUGGCAUUAUAGGCAAAGCUCGAUCAAAUGGAAAACCUAAUCUUUAACUUCAGUUAACUAAUCAAAUUAAAGUGGCAAACACUCAAUUUAGAAGCACCACAUUUUGGUCAAGUCAAAUCUUUACGGCAUGAUAGUCCAAAACAAACCAUAAAAUCUCCAUUUACAACUUUAAAAAAAAAUAAUUAAUUCCUAGUAACGUAUCAGCGUGUAAGGUAGCGCCAUCUAGCGAGCGUGUAAGGUAGCGCCAUCUAGCGAGCGUGUAAGGUAGCCCGCCAUGCGUGCCGUGUGUCACUACAAUUUGUCGACUACAAGGUCUUCUCGUUCUAUUUAUUAACCGGUUAUUGGCCCUUGCUGGCUUUUAUCUGCGCUGUUUUCAAAACGUCCUGUAUGCUAUUAAAUUACAAAAGUACCAGAAGCUAUGGUAUUAUCACUGGAAGAUUACUUUAAAAUUAUUUUUUUAAAGAAAACCAAAUCUCAAUGCAAUUCUGUACUAUAAGGAGAAGAACAACAUCUUUUUUUGUCUGUCCAUUUCAUAAUUAAUUUGUUAAUUUAUACACUGUACAUGACUAUGAUGCCGCCAUGAUAUAGGGCCUACAGCAAGUUGAACAAAUUGUCAUCAUUUCACAACUGGCCUACACCACCCAGCUGCACUCAAUUUACCAGUUCAAAAGUUUGACAUUUAGAAGAAAACUUU